AUGAAUACCGAUCCAAAGACAUCCACCAUGCUCGACCACUUCACCUUCAACGUCCCGACCGCCCGGUACGACGAGAUUGUGAACUGGUACCUCGCGGCCCUCGCCCCGCUCAACUACACAAAGCAGUUCGACUUCCCCGGCCGGGCAUGUGGUCUCGGUCCUGAUAAGUCUCAAGUGUCCUUCUGGAUCGGCGCAAGGAAGGACCACGAGACGGUGGAUGCGUUCUACGAGGCUGCGAUGGAGGCGGGGGGAAAGGAAAAUGGGAAGCCCGGACCGAGGGAGAUGUAUGGGCCGCAUUAUUAUGGGGCUUUUGUGUUGGAUCCGCUUGGGAAUAAUAUCGAGGUUGUGGAUAAGACGGCACAUUGA